CACCACCCAGAUGUUGAUGCAGCCCAAUGCAAACUGGGAGGGUUACCUAACUCCUGCUCCUCUCUCCAUCGCCAUCAUGGCAGAGCUGGUCUUCAUCUCAUCAAUCAUUGAUUUCUCCAUCAACAAGAAUCCCCCAAAAGAUGGAUUCAAGUACAUAAAGUACCCAGACUCUUUUAGGGCUAGUCUCAUGCAAAUCAGUAACUCAGGCUGGCACGCUUUCAACUUAGCCCACAAGAACAUGGAUCAAAUCCGCAUUCAUACCUCCACUGUUCCAGAUUAUAUGAAAACAGUAGUCAAGAUUCUGUUUCAAGGAAAUGAUGAAAUCGUUGAAACUCUCCUUCCAAACCAGCUGGAAAACAUCCACUAUAUUGCAGACGAAUGUGUGGUGCUAGCAGAGAGCGUUGAAAAGAAGUAUGAAUAUGUUAUUAAUAUAAUUCAGGAGCUGCUGGAAGCCUGUAUCAAUGCUGAACAUGUUUAUGGAGAAGAGCUGGAGAACGUCAGGAUGAAACUUGAGGAGAAUAAAUUGAAGGAGCAGACUUCAAAGGAGCUAAAUGAACGAUCCAAGAAAGCAAUGGAGGCCAUGUCAAAGGAGCUGGAGGAAACACAAGAACAGUACAGAAAGGCCAUGGAUUCCAUCCCAUCAGGAUGGGAGACGAUUGGCAUGGAUUUAGUUGAAACACUGACUUUCAUUCCAAAAAUGUUCAGUUUUGUUCUGGGUUCAUCUAAUAAUAAUAAAAGAGAGAAUGUGGGGUCAGAAACAAACACUGAAAAUAAAGAUGAGGAUGUUGACAUGAUUUCAGAAAUGAAGAUUUACAGCAAGUCAGGACAAAUCCUUCAACUUGCAUCAUUAUUCAGUCAGUUCAUCAAUAGCAAUGGGAUCAAUUGGAAAGAGAUCUAUGAUCAGAAGAACAAGAAUACAAAAACUACAUGGGCUGAAGAUCAAUUUAAAAGACUCUAUCAAGAGUUGGAGGAUCUUCCAAGGAGUCAACUAAAGGAAAAUGCUCUGUGUCUCUGCCAGAGAGGUAUUGAUAUCUGUGAACAGUUGGCACAAUAUGCACCUGAUCAAGAAUGUGAUGAGAAAACAACAAAAAAGCUGAUUAAGGAAACAAAGAAGCUGCAUGAAGAUGCCCGUAAGUUUGACAGUAAAAGCAAAAAAAAA